AUGGUAAAGUAAUUAUUCACAGAAUAAGAGAAAUAAGAUCUAUUGAAAAAGAAAGCAAAAGAGAUAAGAGAGGAGUUUUUUUAAACUUAUGUUCCAAUAUAAAAUGCAGAGGAGUCAGAGAAGAAGAAACUGAUGAAAAAAGUCCCAUGGAAUGAACAUAUGACAGCAACUUCAGAUGAUAAAAUAUUAAUAGAUGCAACUUUGGGAAAUGAGGAAGCAUAAAGGGAAGUGUAAAUUUAUCAAAUUACCUUUGCAAAUGUGUAGAGAUCAAUAGCAUACUUAACAUAAGAAGGAGUUCCUGUUCAAAGACCUGAUGAUUUUGAAGUUGAAAUGUUUAAGAGUCCUAAAUAAAUGGAUAAAAUCAAUCUAAAAAUUGAGAAAAAGAGGGAUGAAAAAAAUAAAAAAGAAGAAGAAAAAAUGAAAAAGCAUAGUAAAAAAUUAAACAAAUAAAUGAAAAUCAAAAAAAUGAGAGAAGAACAUAAAGAAAAAAGAUAAAACAAGGUUGCCAUUGAGUAAUGGAAAAAAGAAAUCAAAGAAAAAGGAAGUGAUAAAGCUAGGGACUUAGAUGAAAUUAUCAAGUAAAAUAAUUAAAUAUCAAAAAAAUUUAAGAAGGAUAAAAACUAAUAACAAGAUGGUAUUAAAAAAAAUAGUAUGUUUAAAUAAAAGAAUGGUAAGUUUAAGAAGACAGGCAAGAUGAGAACAUAAGACAAUUCAUUCCAAAAAGGGGAAAACAGAAAUUUUGGAUAAAGAUCAUAAAGCUCUGAUGGAUUUAGAAAUAAUAAGUUUGAAGGAAAACCAUAAAAUAGUAGAAGUUUCUCAGCUUAAGGUGGCUAAAGAAAUAAUAAAUAAUUUGGUGGUGAUAGCCAUAGUUAAGAAAGAAAACCCUUUGGAGGUAGAGGAAAGUCAUUCGGAGGUGAAAAUAGAUCUGAAGGAAAUUCCUUCAGAGGGAGAGGAAGAGGUAGUGAAAACAGAUCUGAAGGAAACUCUUUCAGAGGAAGAGGAAGAGGAGGAGAUAGUAGAUCUUAAGGAAACUCUUUCAGAGGAAGAGGAAGAGGUGGUGAUAAUAGAUCUUAAGGAACUUCUUUCAGAGGAAGAGGAAGAGGAGGUGACAAUAGAUCCGACGGAAAUUCUUUUAGAGGAAGAGGAGGGAAGUCUUUUGGAGGAAGAGGAAAAUCAUUUGGAAGUGAUAAUAAUUCUGAAGGAAAAUCUUUUGGAGGAAGAGGAAGAGGAAGAGGUGGUUAAUUCGGCGGACAAAGAGGCGGUAGGUCUUUUGGAGGUAGAGGAAAAUCAUUCGGAAAUGAAAAUAGAUCUGAAGGAAAAUCUUUCGGAAGAGGAGGUAAAUUUGGGGGACAGCAAGGUGGUAGGCCAUUUAGAGGAAAACCAUAAGGUGGUAAGUCCUUCGGAGGAAAAUAACAUGGUGGUAAUAAAAAGGGAAAUUAGUCAUUUAAAAGACAAUCUUUCAGAUAAAAAGGAAAAAAAUGA